UCCUCCCUUGCCCUUAUCUCUUGGGCCGAAAUCAGCCCCAUAUUGCCAAGCCUGCACGGGUAGUGAACCCUGAGAUGAAAAAAGAGAUACAACGAAAUGAGGAAGAGGCAAAGGGGAAAAUAAAUGUGACUGAUUACACCGGAGAUCAACAAUGGAGGAUGGAACAUUUCUUCAAGAAGAUGUGCGUCCCACAAUGCACCAGCAGAAGAGCAAAACAGAGCUGUGUAACUGAGCCUCCACCUCUGGCGACAAAUCCCCUCUGCUCUGCCACUGAGGACCAAACCCCACAGGAAGAGGAAGAACCUCCACUUCCUUCGAAAGUAGCCAGGGAGACGUGUGAAAGCGAAGAUGAGAAAGAUACUAGUAGCAGCUCUGACAGCAGUUCUAGCGAUGAUGACACCUCUGUAGAUCUACCUGGGGUGCGAAGUUGUGGCACUGAUAGCAAUGAUGGUGAGUCAAAAAAUGAAAACAAUGACAUCGGGGAAGAUGAAAAAGAAAUCCCACGCCCAGUUAAUGAAUCAAGCUCCCACAGCGAGAAGAAAUCCUGCUCUUCUAGCACAGAGAAAGACUUUCCUCCUCUAUAUACCGUGAAGGCUGGCGUUCUCCCAUGUCCCACAGCGCCCCCAGCCUCAGGGAAGAUGCAUAGCCAGUGGGAUAUUCCCCUUUUAUUCCACCCACAUGCUAUCCCUGCUGCAACUAUGGCAAAAGAAGUGACCACCUAUGCACAGGCUCCUGUCCAAGACAAGGCAGAAGCGCCUCAGGCCGACACAAAAAAGAUGGCACCACCAGAAGCCCCCACUCAACAGGAGGCUUACGACCUACAGGCCGACUUUCCCGCUCUGCAGCCCCGAAAUAAAGCGCUGGGUUUAUUGCACGAUGGGAAUCCCAAGACCAAAGGUGAAGAGGGGAGAGGAGGGCAUACUCACUCACAAAUCCAAUGCCAAGAGAGUGGGGCUACCCAUCAGAGGCAGAAGGAAAAUGCACCCCACGAGGUCUCUUCCAUCUGUGCAGGAGACCAGAAAUCUGUGCUGGACCCUCAAACAUUUGGCUCCGCCGGCCGAUGCAUCUCUCCAGGCCCCGACUGUGAUGAACUAAAGGCCAACAACCAGCCGCUUCCUAGAGUUGCAGGUGCAGAUGGCGUGUGUGUUAAUGCCAGGACCUGGGCGAGCGCUGCCAAGGAGGGCAUGAAGCAAGCAGCUGCCCCUCAGGAGAAAGCCAGACCUUCUAUCCUUCAGCAGAUAGUUACCAUUAACAGAGCCAAAGCAGCUCAUAACUUCCCAAACAAAGUGCCUCCCUAUCGGGCAACAGCUCCUAUGUGUCGAGGCCCGAGACCUCGCUACCCAAAUCGGUUUGCUGGACGUGGUUACAACCCAGCCCAUCAGCAUUUUGUAGCCCAGGCGUAUCGAGCCAGCUGCCCUACAGGAUUCAGAUGUCCCCGUUUUCCCUUCCAACAGGCCAGGGGUAAUCCAUCCAAACACAGCAACGUGUGAAGACAGCAGGAGUGAUGCAAAGUAAUUGUGUUACUGCUGAAGACAUUUGUGAAAUAUGAAAAUUCGACAGACCCUCUUAUUUCCCCCCCUGUUAGCAGUCUAAUAAAUAUUUGCGUCACUCAACAAUGGUUCACUUUUAUGGGUAAUGGACUGCUGUUCGGGGACUGAACCACAGUGAGACUCAUCAAGUGAGGCAGAGGACACAUCCGACACCAGUCAGUGCUUUAGUUCAUUAGUGAGCAUCUGUAUGCUGUGCACAUACAAGUGAGGCCCUUAAUACAAAAUGCAAACAGUAUGCACUUUCCAAAUGAAUUGAGUGAUGCGUAGUAAUAACAAAAUCUCAUUGUGCUGUGGUGAUAGUGAAAUGGCGAUUAUUCAACAGUGCAGUCAUUUUCGCCAGCGGACCUUCUCAUACAUAAUUCAUCCAAAUCAUUGCAUUUUCCCUCCAUUCUGAGCUACAAUGCAUAUUUCAUCAAGUCAGUGAAAUAUUAAGCACUCUUACUAUUUGAUAUUCUCUUCUAAAGGCGAUUUCAGUUU